AUGGCGUCGAGAAAUGCUCUGCUUAAGUACCUGAGAGUCAAUGUCACACCUUCUCUCCGAAGCUCCGGGCUCACUACUGCUCAUCAAUGCGCAGCUCCAUUGUACGUACUUCUCCGUCGUUUCUCCGAGGAAGUCAGAGGAUCAUUCCUCGACAAAUCGGAAGUCACAGAUCGCGUUCUCUCCGUCGUCAAGAAUUUCCAGAAAGUCGAACCUUCUAAGGUGACACCAAAGGCACAUUUCCAGAACGAUCUUGGCUUGGAUAGUUUGGACACUGUGGAGGUGGUUAUGGCGCUUGAAGAGGAGUUCGGAUUGGAGAUUCCCGAUAACGAAGCUGAUAAGAUACAGUCCAUCGAUCUCGCCGUUGAGUUUAUUGCCUCGCACCCGCAGGCUAAAUGA